UAUGAAAUUUUAAUUUACAAGUUCAUAUUUCCAUUUUCCACUGCGAAAUGAGAAGAUUUAUUGAGGCCCACAUGCAGCGUACCUUAUCCACCACCGACCAAUGGAGCUCAGUAGCCCUGCAUUUCAGAAGCCCCACUCGAUAUCCUCUUUAGAAAUGAUUCGCACAAAAGCAAAAAAAUAUAUGUGUUGUGAAUUCUAAUAUCAUAAAUUCCCGCGUGGCUGUGAAUGUGAGAUCGAGAAACAAUGGCACAUUCACUAUCUUCAGUAUCGGCCACUGCCAGAGCCAGAGCCACCCUCUCAUGCUCAAGAUUCAGCAGCUCACGAUGUUCAUGUUCAUGUUCAUGUCUGAGGCCGCCGUCUCGCAGCGACGCAUGCACUGAAGCCCCACAAGACAACCUUCUCGUCUCCCGCAGGAACGCUGUCUUGCUCUCGACAGGAGCAAUGCUGGCCCUGAAUGUAGCUGAACGGAGUUCAGAGGCGGCUGCCAGAAGGCCGCCGCCCCCUCCUCCGCAAGAGAAGAAGGACCCCAAUCUGAGUGGAGUGCAGGCAAAAGUACUAGCUAGCAAAAAGAGGAAGGAAGCCCUGAAAGAAGCUGUCGCCAAGCUGAGAGAGAAAGGGAAGCCUGUUGUUAAACAGCCACCACCUGAGGCUAAGGCUGAGGCUGAAUAGUUUCCUCAGAAAACCAAUACCUUUUUGAUGUUCUGCAUCUCUUCAUUCGGAUAUAUGUUAGUCCACCUGAAUAAGAGUGUGUAUUCUAUUAACUCCAAAUAAUUGUUUUUCAUUUGUCAAUCAAUGUUAGUAAUGUGGUUAAGAUUAUGAUCUUACUUGAACA